AUGCGGUGACGUUUAAAUACUUUUGACUGGAUUAAAAAUUAAAUUUUAGAUGUGAAUUUAUUUGUAAAUUAUUGUGCUUUUUAGUCGAAGAAAUAUGCGGUAAAAUUUUAAGAAGUAAAUGAAAUAAAAACAAUGUGAAAUAAUUGUUUGAUCGAAUUACCUCCCGGUCUUGUGUAUGACCGGUGUGGUAUUGUUUUUAAAGAGUAAAUCAUGAUGUGUCGCAGUAUGAGUUUGAAGUGCUAUUAAAUUGUAAUAUAUAGUUGUGUGCGCUAGUAUCUUGAGCAUAUUUGGUUAUUAUAAUUUAAUUUCGUGAGCAAUCUGGAAAGGCGACACGAUGAAGGCAAUGUUUGGAGAUCGUUCAAAAAGUUCAAAUGAUACUUGUUCUUGCACCUCAUGCACCGAAGAUUUAGAUAGUCCGUCACUGAAACGACUACUAGCGCAAGAAUCAAAAAUCGAUAAAUUAUUUAAAGUUAAUCAAAUGCCUUUAAUAGAAAAAUUGAUCAAAACUCGAGCUUUGUAUGACGACAUCAGAAAUCAAUUACUUUCAAGUAGUUUAAGUAUAAGUAGCAAAUCUGACUUGAAACCAAGACUAUCUCCUGCAUUAAAACUAAGUCUAGCAAAAGCUAAACGGACGGGUAAUAUUUUUCAAUUGGUUGAUUCAUUAGAUAAAGAUGAUGUAUCAGGAUGGAAAAAGAUAAGCGAAUGCUGCAGUUGUUGUAAUUGUCAUUCGAAAGCACACAUGAAUAAGCAUGCUCAGAAAGGCCGUAAACACGCCCACGCGGGUGGAUAUGCAACUUCAAAAUCGAGUGUUUUGUCAAAGUCUGGAAAUGGUGAAGAAUUACGAUUAGGAAGAAGCUUCAAAACUAAAAAUAUCAAAUCAGACCCGUGCACAUGUGCUUGUGAAAGUCAUGUUCUCAAAGAACUGAUAAAACUACAAUCUAGAGUAGCACUCAAGAAAAUCCGUCCAGAACAACCAGGGGCUACUAAGCAACCGGCUAAUCAAGAUAAAUACAACACUAUUAACAAAGAUCAUAAAUUGGCGAGUGGAAAGAAUGAAAAGGUCAAGGACCCCCUUCAUAAACAAAAGAGGACAAAUGUUCGUCCGCCUCUAUAUACAGGUGAUGUGGGUGAAGGUGGUGGUAAAACAGCUUUACAAGUAAACAAUUUUACAGGUGAUGUGGACAACACAAAGAAAAAGAAAAUAACGCAAUUUAGACUUCCGCAUACAAACGAUAUGGAUUAUUAUAUGGCUGAUGUACAGAAAGUAAAAAAUGAAAACACUUUAUCAUUGAAAAAAGAUUCUCACGAGAGAAAACCCGCUAUAAAAUUAAAAGACCUAAUACAUUUCAAACAUAAACUACCUACUCAAAAUUCAGAGUUAAAACAGAAAAUUACGACUAGACCAAAAAGAAGCAAAUCAGUUCUAAAAAACAAAAAGGUGUCUUCUAGUACAUCAACUAUAAGUAUUAAAAAAGAACGUGGAACUUCCCCUCUCAAAGCGGGUAUAAAAAGACAGAAAAAUCGUUUACGAAAGUCAAGUAGAAUCAAUGUUUUACCUGAUUCAUAUAUUAAUAUAAGAAAGAAUUUAAAAGAAAGGCGAGCCCUAGCUGAUAGGUAUCAUAAAAUCAAGAUGAAAGAAACUGGCAGCCCUAUUAUUUCUACAGAGAAACAUGCCUUUGGAUUUCUUAAAGGCAAAGCGAAAGAAACAGGCAAUCAUGUCAUUUCAAAAGAUGAUUAUGCUACAGCCGAUGGCUAUCAUAAAGGAAAAGCAAAAGAAACGGCGAACCCCCCUAUUUCACAAAAAGAACGUGAUAUAGCCGUUAGAUACCCUAAAGACCAGGGUGAGGAAACGGCCAACUCCCUUAUUUCAAAAGAAGAACGUUCUGUAGCCGGUGGAUAUCACAAAAAUAGAGCUAAAGAAACGGCUAGCCCUUUAAUUUCGAAAGAAAAUCGUUCUAUAACUGGUGGAUAUUUUAAAAGUAAGGCAAAAGAAACUACCAGUCCACUCAAUUCAAAAGAAAAACGUGCUAAAGCCGAUGAAUACCCCAAAGGCAAGGUAAAAGAAACAGCAAGCCCUAUAAUUUCGGAAGAAGAUCGUUCCAAGACCGGUGGUUAUCAUAAAGGUAAGGUAAAAGAAUCGGCCAGCGAUGUCCUUUCACAAGACGAACUUGGUAUAGCCGGCGGAUACCGCCAUGGCAAGGGAAAGGAAAUAGUCAGUCCUAUUAUGUCGAAAGAAGAACGGGUUAUGGCCGUUGGAUAUACCAAAAGCAAGACGAAAGAAACAGCUACCCCUGGCAGCAAGGCGAAUGAUAUCGCCAAGCCUCUUAUUCCAAAAAAAGGUCGUGGUUCUGGAUAUUUUAAAGGCAAGGUAAAUGAAUCGGCGAGUACUCUAAAUUUAAAAGAAGAACGCACUGCGGCAGGCGAUUAUCCUAAAAUCAAGAUGAAAGAAACUGCCAAUCCAAUUAUUCAGCAAAAAGACAAAUUUUCUGUUAGAUCUUUGACUGAUUUCCUGCAACUUAAGAAACACACUGGCAUCGCAAAUACGGUGCAGACGCCAAUCAUAGUCCGACAUUUAAAAGAUGAUAUACCGAUGAGAUUUGUGCCAACGAGAAAAUUACCUCAAGAACAGAUUAUUACCAAGCCUGAACUCGUUAAAAAACCUGAACCUGUUAAGAAACCUGAACUCGUCAAAAAACCGGAACUCGUCAAAAAGCCGGCACCCGUCAAGGAACAUGAACCCGUCAAGAAACCUAAACCCAGCAAGAAACAUGAACCUAAAAAGCGUAAACCAGUUAAGAAACCUGUUAAAUCAAUUUCCACAAAUACUAUUGUAAAGAAAGUUUCACGAAAGAAUGUUGAUACAAACACAUUCGAAACCCAUAUAAAAAAAUCUUCCCUAUCAUUGCCACCUCCUAAAAAAGAACCCCACGAAGAAAUACGUCUCGAAAACAAAAAUGCAGUGUCAAUAAGAAGGGACAGACAUGUAGGAAGGCACAAUCUGAAACGAUGCUUUUGCACCUUAAAGCUUAAAGUUAAAGAUACCAAAUCUAAGAUUAAUAAAGAUAUCAAAAAUAAAUUUGCUAAAUCUCGUAACACUCAAAGCGUACAAGAAAAGAUUAUAUCCUCCGUAACCAAAAAAUCUGGUAGUACUGUAGAAUGUGAGUGUCCUGAUACCUAUAGGAAAAUUACCGUAAAAUCUAAAACUAUUCUUCCCACUCAUCUAAGUAACACUCAUUCUCGAACGAGUACACCAUUGAAGUUGACGUCUGAUUCUGAAUACCUCAAUUACAUUACCGAAGAAAAAGAACAUAAAACAGAGCCGGAAGUAAGAAGAAGGGUAAAAGAAACUCAACGAUUCAAAAAUCAAAAUGAUAAUGUAAUUUUUUGUGAAUGUCCUAAUCAAAAUAAAGCAAUUAAAAUCGACCAUGGAAACACUAAAAGUCACUCUAGCGAUAAAUCUAAAAUUUCAAAAGAAAAAUUAGAUAUGGAUGGUAGAAACAAAAAGUUAAAACAUAAGAAAUCCCAAAUAAGUAAUGCGAUGGGAAAAUCAAAGUUUACACUGACAAAACGCGGCUUUCGAAAUUGCGUUUGCUCAUUUACAAUCGGAAAAUUGGAAAAGAAAAAGAAAUUGCCAAUAAAAGUGUCUGAGGAGACGAUCUUUCCGAACUCCAGUUCUACUAAUUCAAAAACAAAAAGUAAGGUAUCAAAAACAUUCCAAGCAAAUUUUGUGAAUGAUCAUGGUUGUGAGUGUGUGGCUGUUUUACCAGACGAGUGUGAUCCAGGUUUUUGUGUUCCUGGAAAUUGUAAUCCAAAUAAAUGCAAAGAGGUGUUGAUACAGAGAGAAAGUAAAAAGAUCGACAAACCUGUUCAAAUUGUUGCGCAAUACAAAAAACCGGAAUCGACCAGCGGUUUUACAGUCCGGUCCCUUCAGUUCCCUAGACCAAAAAAGAUUGAUUCUGUUGUGAUUUCUCACAGAAGUGAAGUUAUUGUUCAAUUAGUAGACAAAACGAAAGGCAAAACUGUACCUGGUAGUUCUUCACAACAAGUAAGACCAAGCUUCGCAAUUAAGUUUUUAAAAAAGCACACUUCUUCUAAACUGUUUCCCUUUAAGAAACGUUCUAAAAGGGAAAAGGGGAUUAAUACGCAGCCUUUACAUGACCAUAAACUAAAGGAAAACCAACGCCCACGGAAAUCUAUACUCAUGGAAAAUAUUAAUCAUGACAGACGCUCUACACUAAGCCCACAAAUGAAUCGCCAUUUAUUGUUAGAGGCACCUAAAGAUGGUAAACAUAAGCAGAGUUCCCUCAGUGUCGCAGUCGUAGACAAGAAGUACAAAACCUUUAAAAACUUAAAAAAAUCUAUAAAAUCGAAUUACCUACGUCACUUAAAGCCUUACGAACAAAAUGCCUGUAACUUUAAAGAAUGUGACCCCAAAGCAUGUCUGGAGCAUGAAAAUAAAAAGCGAAAUAUGCGUCACUCAUCAAAAGCUUCAGGAAUGAAUACUCCGAAAGCAAGAAUGGUAUCUAAGUCAAGUGAUACUCGCAAAUUGGAAACACAAUCUAAAGAUGUCUAUGAAAAUCCUGAAUUCAAGAAGAUAAGCGCUUCACAAAGAUUAAAUAAAAAUAGUAAAUUCUCGCAUCUACCACAAUCUUCAACUGAAAGUUAUUCCCAGAAAUGUGGCGUUAGAAUGAGUUCUAAUUUCAGUUUUAAUAUUGAAUUCUCAAAAGGAUUAUUAACGGAAAAUGAUAUUUAUAAAAUCAGGGAUUUGAAAAAUAAAGUUAACAAUAUUUCAGCAUAUUUGAAAGAACAAAAAUACCAAUAUCAUUGUUUCCAAAUACCAUAUAGUACCACUAAAAUCAAACCAAUUUUAAAGAAGUGUUUAUGCUCAAUAAAUACUACAGGAUGUCGAAGUAGUCUAUGUUUGAAUCCUGUUAUAACUGCUGAUUCGCAAGUCUAUUCCUUUAAUUCCGUCACUAUCGCUCAGAAUAAGUUAACUUCGCCGAAAAGAAUAAUGCUUCGUAAAAAGAAAACAGAUUCAUCUCGCGAAGUCUCCACCACUACAAAUAACACCAAGAAAGCUUUAAGUAAAAUAAAGUUGUGGCAAAAUUCAAAGCAAGAACAGUCUUCUAGUAUAUACUCCAUAUCUACGUUUGCAUACACCUCAGAAAAAACGUAUAUUCAACAAAGUAAGUGUCAGUUGUUACGAUCGCACCACAAUUCAAUUGGUGUUACUUCAAAAGAAACUGUAAAGUUUCAAUCGGAAUUUCGUUAUAAAGUAAAACAACUUAGACCUUCACGAUCUCUCAUGGACAUUUUUUCAUUGGAACAAUACAAACGAAAAUAUAUAAAAAGAAACAAUUUAAAUGGAUCUCAGAUCACUAAACAAAUCUUCAAUAACGGCCAAAUUACUGGGAUCCAACCAUUGCUAAAAAAGGGUUAUUGCACAAUGAAUAUCCAAUUUGCUACACAGCAAAGUACAAAAAGAAAACAUAAACUUAAAGAUUACGAAUGCGAGCCAGGAGUUUGCAUACCUUAUGAAUGUAACCCACAUGAGUGUCAAAAACUGAUAAUGAGACGAUUAAUGAGAACAGUUUCUCGUAUGUCUGGCACCGAAAGAAGGUUAAGACACAGUUCCAGUUCAACAUCCAGAAUGAGUUCCUCUAGAAGUAGAAAAUUACAAUCUAGUUUAGGGCGUUCAAACGCUAUUGCGAUGGCUAGACAUACAGGUGUAAAAUACCAAACGUUACCACGAUCCCCAAAGUCACAAAAGCAAGCUUUUCGAGUUGGGUCUGUUUUCAGUUUUGAUAUUGAAUUUUCCAAAAACACUACUGACCGCCACCACCAACAAAACGAUUAUGCGUCUGAAACGGUCAGAAUACCUCAUUCUCGUAGAGAUAGAGGGGUCGGAUAUUCUAGGCCAGAAAGGUAUCAUAGGGAAUCCCAAUCGAUGAUGAAACAGUUACGUGACAAAGCAUCGAGCGUAUCACCCAUGUUACAACGAUGUUUUUGCACAUUGAAGUUGCAAAAAAAGGGAAAACAACAGAUACAACGAGAGCUAAAAAGUAUGAACCAAGGCACAGCAACACCUUUAAAAUUCCAAGUAGAAAAACCAAUUCUAAGGACUGUUGAAACCGGCCAAAAUACCAAGAGAAGGAUAAGACCACAGUUAUUACCUUAUGAAUGUGAACCUAACAUUUGUGUUCCCGGUGAAUGUGACCCUUAUGCGUGUCUGGAAUUAAUAAAAAGAAGAAAGAAACAUACUAGGGAACACGGAACUGACUCGAUGGCUGGAUAUUUAAGUACGAGCUCAAGUAUGACGUCUAGAACAAAUAAAUACAGAAACAAAGGUUUACAAGCCAGAAAACUUCGUGCGGGUCCAAUUAAAUCGAGAGAUACCGCAGUAAUAUCUAAACCUUCUCUUAUGACAAUAACCGGGGAACCAAACUCGUCGCCCCGACAAGCGGUUCGCCUUGGAUCAAGUUUUAAUUUUAGCGUAGAAUUUUACAAAAAUAACGCCAAUGGAUCUCAUGAAGAAAGAUCUUUGCCGCGCAGCUCUGUAGAUAGGUCAUACGUUCAAAAAGUUCCAAAAUAUGUUCAUGCUCAUCGAAAUAUGCGAGAAAGUUACACCCAAGGGAGUGGAACUACCACUCGUGACAUGGAUUCACAAAUGAGUAUAUUUAGUCGUCCACAUUCGACUAUAACUAGCUCAGUUUUGAAACGUUGCUUUUGUACUUUAAAAUUGCAAGAAACGGCUCCAAAACAAUCUGUUACCGAGUCGAUGUUAAAACGGUGUCUAUGUAAACUUAAGUCUUUCACGUCAGCAAAGAAAACAAAUAGUAAAUCUCGAAAAAAACAGGAGAAAAAAGUAAUUCCACAAAUAGAAACUCACGUUGUCCAUACACAAACUCGCAAACGUUAUCCAUUUCUUGAACCAUAUGAAUGUGAACCUGGCAUAUGUGUGCCUGGCUUAUGUGACCCCUACGAAUGUGAAAAAUUGAUCAGAAAAAGAAACUUACGGGAAAAAAAUAUUGGUACUAUAGGGCCCAGAACAAGGUCGACAUCAUCUAGUUUCACUUCUUCGAGAACGUUAAAGGCACGAAUGACGCAGUCAACUUUUAAAAACCCCUAUGAAAGACAUCGAUCUCCUAAAGAAAUAGUUCUAAAAGAGCAUAGGUCACCAGCAGUUUCAGGAAAACAAGCUGUGAGAAUUGGAUCAAGCUUUAGCUUUAACGUUGAAUUUUACAAAGAUAAAAAUUCGUGUUAUAACAACCAAGUACAACCGGAACCAGGAUAUGUCUCACGCAGGGGAGAUCAUGCAACACCAUAUUUUGGAAGUCGUAGAGGACAUCAUAAACGGAGAACAAGAUACAUGGAAACUACAGGCAAUAAGUUGUACAGUCGAGAGUCACAAGUGGAUGGUGUUAAAACAAAAGACAAAUCUUUCGGGCCAAUGUUAAAGAGAUGUUUUUGUACAUUAAAACUUAACAGGAAAAAACCGCGUGGUAAAUCUAUCAAGACGAAUAAAUCAGUGCAUCGAAGACCGCCUCGUAAACAUGUUAAAAACAAUAAAUCAAAACAUCGAAAGCCACCCAGUAAAUCUAUUAAAAAGACCAAAUCGAGUCACCGAGGAACGGCAACUCCUGCUACUAAAAAAGUGCCAACAUAUCGGACACGAAGUGUUAUGGUAAACAAAAGGCAUAAAUCGAUUCCCUAUAAAUUACUGCCAUACGAAUGUGAACCCGGCGUAUGUAUACCUGGAGAGUGCGACCCAUAUGAGUGCGCAAGACGAAUUAAAAAACGAGUAAUACACCGUGCUUCUGGUACUUUAAAAACACGCAAUAGAACAAGGUCAAGCAUGAUAAAACCGCACCGAAGAUAUCGAGAUAGUAAUGCGCAAUCGUCUUUUAGGCCUGAAGAAGUCCAUACAAGAGUACGUAGACCGGAACAUAGGACUACCGUCAUUGCGAGGCCUUCAAGACAAGCAGUUAAAGUGGGUUCAAACUUCAGUUUUGACUUAGAAUUCUACAAAGAUAAAUCAUCUAACGACAGUAGUGUAAAUUCGAAACCGAUUUUUAGAUAUUCGCCUUACGAAAGGCCUAGAAGAACUACAAGUAGGUCUACUGGCUGGCAAACUGUCUCCUCCAGAAAUAAAAGAGGUCAAUACAAUAGAGCUGUACGUGAUACAGAUUCUCAAGUUAUGGCCACCAAAAUGCGAAGCACUAUGACUGGUGUGGGACCCUUCUUGAAAAGAUGUUUCUGUACUGCACAAAUAGAUAAAUCUCAUAAAGUUAGAUCUUUUCCUGGAAAUGCCGAAUUACCUAAUACUAAAGUAAUUAGUUAUAGAGCAACUGUUGCUAAAUCACCGGUAGCCAAAACCGGUACCAAAAAAGCUGCAGUCAAAACACCUCCUGAAAAAAAUAAUAACGCCAAAUCCAAAUCUCCCAAAAAAACCAAUACCAAAUCUAAAAAAACUGUUGUUGGAAUUAAAAAAGAUAGUUUAAAUGGGACAAAAUCCAAGAGUUUUCAUAAAAAAUCUAAAACUUAUCGCAGAAAACUUGAACCUUAUGAAUGCGAACCUGGCGUUUGUAUUCCUGGACAAUGUGAUCCCUACGAAUGUGAGAAAAGAAUAAAAAAAAGAAUGAAAUCGAAGGAUUCUAGUACUCCGUCCAACACAAGUAGAUCCGUAUCUAGUUCUAGAUCGUAUAAAACUCAUAAUCGAAAAGUAUGUGCCGACCGAUGCCCCGAUGAGUGUCCAAGCAAAGCACGGAUCAUUGGCGAUGGUUCUCCGAGUCAACAGGUUGUACGUAUUGGAUCUAACUUCAGGUUUAAUAUGGAGUUCUUUAAAGAUUCUUCUCCACAAGAUUUACGAUCUCAAGGCUAUCAUAACGUACCUAAAAUAAGGAACAUACCUCAUGCUAUUAAAGGAACUGAAACCAAAUAUAGGUCGAGAAGUAUAUCUUCUUUUGAUAGAAGCAGCCGACCACGAGAUAGUUAUACUCAAUCAGAUUGUGUGAAAAAUCAUUGUAAAGGAUCGUGCGCACGUUUAAAAAGAUGUUUUUGUACGUUAAAACUUCAGAAGAAGGGUAAACAAAAACCAGCGUCAGUAAAAAUAGAUCCCAUUAUGAAAUCUGCUGGCACUCGUACAAUUAAAACGAAAAAGGACGCCCAACCUGUUGUUGCUCGGGAGAUCGGAACAAAAACUAAAAAGCACUCGCAUUUUCUUGAACCUUUUGAAUGCGAACCUGGAGUUUGUAUCCCAGGUCUAUGUGAUCCAUAUGAAUGUGAAAAACGUAUAAAACUUAGGCAUAUGAAAACCACUGGAACCAAAACUACUGGUGAUUCCAUUAGAUCACGAUCAGUUUCAACUUUUGCGGAUCAACGAACAAAGGGAGUCAGAGAAAAAAGAUUAGGCCACAGACGACUCUCAACAAAAACUCUUUACAGAGCUAAACAUUCACCCAGUUCUUCAUACACCCCAAAAUCAUCUCAUCACCAAUCUGUACGUUUGGGUUCUAACAUGAGUUUUCAUAUAGAGUUCUUUAAGGAUUCACCCUGCGAUCAAAAUACUUCUCCCUCAUUCUAUAAACCACCGAUAAAGACACCUUUAAAAUAUAAAUCAAAGACAAGUGUAUCUACUGCAAAUGGAGUAAAAUUACAGAAUCAAGGCUCAAACAAAAAAAAACCUACACUUAGACACAGAACCUCACAGGUCGGCGUAACAACUGAGUCGAAAGCUUCUGGAAAGGGGUCGUUGUUUCAACGAUGCUUGUGUACAUUAACACUACAGAGAGCAGAAACUAAAAAAAGUUCGUCACGGCCUAAGCGUAAUACGAUUCAUGUUACUACUCAAGAUAAAGCUACAGCUACAAAAAAGAAAUAUAAACCUUCAGUGGUUGUGCCGCGGCCACAGAAUUUAGAUCCAUAUGAAUGCGAACCUGGUGUUUGUAUUCCUGGCCAGUGUGACCCUUACGAAUGUCUUGAAAGAAUUAAAAAAAGAGGCGUCAGAAGAACGUCAAGGACAACGGGUACUCGAAUGAGCCGGCCUUCACAAAUAUCUGUUUCAAGCACGGCUGAUCAUUUUAGGCCUGGUUAUAGAUCUAAAGUAACUCAGGAUUCACUACGGAAAGUUGGAAGAAUAGUCGAAGAACCUAGAUUCAAAUUUUUAUCCGAUGGCCACAGACAAACAGUUAGAAUAUCUUCUAAUUUUAGUUUCAAUAUAGAAUUCAUCAAAGGAACGUCUCCUGAAACGUCUGGAGAAAGGGCGGAAAAAGUUAAUAAGGCCAAAGAUAUUUGUCAGGCAAAUAACCUUUGUAUGGAAUGCAAAAAAGUUGGCACUGAUAAUCGAUUUACAAGAAUUGGGCGACACGGCACAAGGCGAGAUUAUUAUCGAAGCCAUGACACCCAAUCAGAAGCCGUAAAGACUGAAAAUAAAUCCUCUACUGUGGCAAUGUUAAAAAGAUGCUUUUGUACUGCAAAACUACAUAAAGGUCAACUAGGUCGAACGCAACAUCCUAAAUCAGUAAUAGUUGGUAGAGUUGAAGAAGUUACAGGACGACCAACUUUUGGUCCUACGGAGUACUGGGUCCAAUAUCUUUUCCCGCAACCCUAUAUGCAUAAUAUUACUGAAAACAACACAAUUCAGAAAAAUGUAGACUCGAAAAAAAUGUGUGAAAUCAAAAGAACUAUUAAAAAUAGCCACCCCAUCACCCUGGACACCAUCAUGUCAUAUACGACUAGUAAAUUUAAUGGCAUUGUGAGUAGAUCGACAAUUUAUGGGAAAGUUAAUGAAAAGCAUUGUUCUAUUUGCCAGUGUAACUUUAAGUUUAAUCCAGCACGUCGGGUACAUAUGAACCAAAAGAGUAUAAGUAAUGAUAAUAAAAAAUGCGCUUCUUUUAUUCGAUGUAGUCCUAAGUUUUGUCGAAAUAAAGGGCUGAACGGAGAAGAAAACGUUUUGGGGGCUAAAAGAAGAAAUAGAAAAUUAUCUGUGAAAACUGUCCGACAAAUUAGAGAAGUAACUAGCGAUGUUACCAUGCUUACAAACAUGUUGUGUCGCUGGAAGCAUUUAUUCGCAAAUCACACGAGUCCACCUAAACAAAAUUGCAAUAACAGUAAUAAGAAGAAAAACGAAAAUAAACAAACAUAUGUCGAAGAAUCUGAAAUUCACAAAGUUGCACAUCGCCUCAAAAACAUGUUUUCAAGACAACAGACUGGAGAUUGCCAAGAGGGAAAUGAAAAUUGUGUAAAACUGAUUUGUCCUCAUUGCCAACUUGAUAUUUUACAAUGUAUACCUAAGAAAAACAAGUUUUCGCUAUACAAUAGGUGCCGAAACCAAGAUGUAAGAGAAAGGGAAUAUAAAGACUCCCUAACAUUUUUAUUCAAGAGACCUAAACAUAAGAGUUUGAAAAACCAUAACGUUUCUCGACCAAGCACUAUUUGUGGUAUAACAAAAAAGUCUAAAAUUAAAGGAGCAUCGAACAAACCUAAAAGCGGUUGCCAUGUGUGCAACGCUAAGAGACGAAAAAGAUUAUUUUUUGGAGUAACAAAGAAAGCAAGUGUAGUAAAACCUAGGAAAAUUAAACCCUAUCUAUUUCGUAGGACUGUUGAUAAGAAAGAAGUUGUAAGACAUACCAAAAGUUUAAAUCAUAAAUUACGGAAACCCAGAAGAACAAAAACAUAUAUUUGCGGUACUGGAAUCGAAUCACAGGAGGGAGAUUCAGAGGUUACGUUUAUGCGAGGAGCACGACUUUGUGAAAAUGUAUCAAAAAGCGAAGAUGGCGUUUUUAAAGAAAACUGGAAGCUUACAGAGAAAAAAAGCAACAGAAAAAUGCCUGAGACAUACAAGAAAAUAAGUGACCUUUUUCAUGUUUCUGAGUCAGCCAUGGAUAUUAGUCAUUUAAAAAUGUCAAGAGCCAAACACAAAUUGAGCGGUCUAUUGAAACGCACUUACAAAAACAUUAAGACGUAUUUGGGGGAUUCUAUGCGUGCUUGGAAAAGGUCUAAAGAUGCAGCUGAUAAAAGCAGCGUGGGUGUACUACCAUCAAAAUCAUAUAAAUUGAGGUCUCAAGUCAUGGGUUGUUCAAAGCUAGGUAAAGUAGUAUUUGGAGACACUGUACGUUCCUUUCAAAAUAAAUACAUAGUUAAGAGAGGGCGACUACGUCCUCAAAAUAAGGUCGAUCGUAGCCUGAACCCGGGUUUCUCGUGGUGGCUACUGACGCUGUCCCCGAGGAAAGAACCAUGGGUUUCUAUGUACUACAAGUGCGCUAGGAUCUGCCCGCGUUGUCUCGGCUUGCUUCUAGUAUGGAGACGAAUUACAGAUGUGCUGUUACUCGUGUUGGCGGGUGUUCUGUGGUGUCCAUGUGUAGCUGCCAUGGAGUUAUGUAAGGUCAUAAUGUCGUACUGUGUGUGUAACCGCUAGCAUGAUAUUUAAAAUAAAUUAUGAUAAAUGUAAA